AUGCCGUUCUACAGGCGCACGGUGGUGCCCCAGCGCCUGUGUCCGCGAAACCCGCCACAGCCGCUGACCGAGCUCCGCGACGUGAGCCACCUGGCCGCGCUCAGCGUGCUCCGGCAGCUCGCCGACCUCUGCGGCCACUCGUUGGCUCUGCUCGAGGACCUCGAGGGGCACCUGCUGGCCCUGGGGCGCCGCACCGACAGUCUGUUCCGGCGCACCGUGCGCCUCCGCCGCCGCCUUCCCUACCGCCUGCUCGGCCGGGAGGACCACGAGGAAGAGUUAGCUGCAGCUAACUCGGGUCGGGAAAAUGCGACAGCGACUGCCCACUCGAGGUCGUCAUGGCGACAGCCAGUGAACGUGUUCCUCUCCUCGGGCAGGCCCCCGAGUGUAGAGGAGCUGCUUCGCGAGGCGCAGCUCAAUCUCCAGAGCCUGUUGCAAGAAGACUAUGAGGAACAGUACUCGGAGGCCAGACUUCUGGGGCAGACCUUCCGCUCUGCUGAUGAGGCCCCUGAGCCCACCCCCAGCCCAAGGCUCCAGUCUGCCAGGCGUCUGGAGUUUGUACUGAUGCCCACAAAAUGGCAGCUGAGCGAGGAUGAGACUACCAUGCAGGGUGUGAGGGCCCCUGAGGCCUCCCCGAGCCUGCCUACCACAGCCGACAAGCAAGCUGCCUGGAAUAGCCCCUUUUCUCUGCCCAUCCUAGAGGAGAAGCGGUGGCUUCAGUCUUGUCCCACACACUCUGACAUCGUGCCCAUCAACGUCUCCGGGCAGCAGUUUGAUAAACAUGCAAGUUUGCGACACUCGUUGUUUAACACAGAGACAGCCGUGAACCCCAAGUCUACCCUGAGGCGGAGGAGGACCAUUAUUGGAUUCUCUAACUAUUCCCAGCGAGACCAAGGUCACAGCAACAGCCCAGCAGGCAGUGUGGCCCGCUCUACCACCUCAGACAUCAGGCCCAGCCAUUCAGUUCCAGAAAGUGUUCAUGGAAGAGUUGCACUCGGUCAGGAAGCUCGGUUCCCAAAUCUCACCUCACCAGUACUAAGAAAUCCUUCUAGUCAUCCGGAAGAACCUGUCCAGGCAUGGGGUGCCACAAAACCCCCUGGAAUGGAGAGCAUGGGGAUGGUGUACAGCAUUCCUGGUUCUUGCAAUGGACCAACAGAAUCGACAUUCUCUGCUUCCCGGAAGGGGGAUGCUUUUACCUAUGUGACUCCAAGUGCCACUGCUCAGAGCAGUCAAGUCAAUGAAAAUGGAAAAAAUCCUUCCUCUGGGAAUUCUUGGGUCUCUCUGCACACACUGCCACCUCUUGUUCCUAAGGAGGCUGCUACCCUCUUUGUCACUCGUGAUAGCCCAGCAGGGUGCAGUGGGCCUGCCGGCCACUCUCAGCAUCCUACUCAACGAAGCCAAGUAUCAGAACGACCCUCCAAGAUUGGCCUUCUGACCGGUGGUACCUCAAGGCUGGAGACAGGCCCAGGCGGGGCCAGCAGGUUCCGGGAGCGGUCACUGUCUGUACCCACAGAUACAGGUACCAUGGAUGUGGACUAUGAGGAGGAGCAGAAGGCCAGUGAAGCCUGUGCCCUACCUUAUGCCAGUACGAGUUCUGAGGGCAGUAACAGUGCUGACAACAUUGCCUCCCUCAGUGCCCAACAGGAGGCCCAUCACAGAAGGCAGAGGUCCAAGAGCAUCUCACUCAAAAAGGCCAAGAAGAAGCCUUCCCCUCCGACUCGCAGUGUCUCACUGGUCAAAGAUGAACCAGUCCUCUUGCCGGAAGGUGGGUCAGUACUACCCAAGGACCAGAGGCCCAGGAGCCUUUGUCUCUCCUUGGAACACCAAGGACAUCACUCAUCCCACCCAGAUACUCAGGGUCACCCAGCUGUGCCAACCUUCAAAGACCCAGAAAGUACACAAUUCGCCCAUCACUGGUAUCUUACUGACUGGAAGUCUGGUGACACCUACCAAUCCUUGUCCAGCUCCAGCACUGCCACUGGCACCACAGUCAUUGAGUGCACCCAAGUUCAGGGCAGCUCAGAGUCUCUUGCCUCCCCUUCCACUUCCAGAGCCACGACACCUUCUCAACUUUCCAUCGAGGUGGAGGCCAGGGAGGUAUCCUCUCCAGGAAGGCCUGCUGGGCUGAUGUCACCCUCCAGUGGAUACUCCAGCCAGUCAGAGACACCAACACCCACUGUCUCCAUGUCAUUGACCCUGGGCCACUUGCCCCCUCCAAGCAGCAGUGUCCGGGUGCGUCCAGUGGUACCUGAGAGGAAGUCAUCACUACCCCCAACAUCACCAAUGGAGAAAAUGUCCAAGUCACGGCUAUCGUUUGACCUCCCAUUGACCUCUUCAACCAACCUGGAUCUGUCUGGAAUGAGUAUCUCAAUCCGAAGCAGAAACAAGGUGAGCCAGCAUCAUUCAGAUACAAAUUUGGGGGCCAAGCUGGCCCAGAAAACUAGCCCCAACCAGCCAAUCAUGCCCAUGGUUACUCAGUCUGACUUACGUUCUGUUCGCCUGAGGUCAGUCAGCAAGUCUGAGCUGGAAGAUGACAUUGAGAGCCCUGACUAUGCCGAGGAGUCAGGAGCUGAAGUCUUCACCUUGCCAGAGAGGAAGAUGAAACCUCCCAUAGCUGAGAAGCCCCCUCUGGCCCGAAGGCCUCCAAGCUUAGUCCACAAGCCACCAUCUGUCCCCGAGGAGUACCCACUAACUUCGCCUACCUUGGCUAUGACUCCUAAGAGCUCAAUUCAGCACAUAAGGCCACUCCCUCAAGAUAUCUACACAGUGGUGCGGAAAUCAAAGUCCUCCAGCUUCCCUGAGAGCAGAAGCCCAGGGGAGUCCACAGCACCCUCAUCUCUUGUUUUCAUGCCUUUUUCCAGUUCCUCUGGUGCUUUCUUCUCAGGAACACAGCAACCUCCCCAGGGAAGUAUGGAGGAUGAGGGCCCUAAGGGGAGAGCCCUGCCUGAAAGAAUUAGCCUCCAGAGCCAAGAAGAAGCUGAGAAAAAGAAAGGCAAGAUUCCACCUCCUGUACCAAAAAAGCCCAGUGUGCUGUACCUGCCUGUCACUUCACCCAUGGCUCAAGCAGAGGCCUAUGUGACUGAGCCAAGACUGCCCCUCAGCCCCAUCAUCACCCUGGAGGAAGAUGCCAAGUGUCUCCCAACUGAUGACCACCUGCCAUCUGCUGGUACAAGGAUGACCUCAAUGCCACAGUCCAACAGUGAAAGGGAAGCAAGUCCUCCAGGGAGUUCAAUGGAACCAAGCACCGAAGAAAAAAGUGUAAUCAGUGAUAAAACAGCCGAGUGGAUUGCAGAAGAUGAUGAUGAUGUGUUUGUGGCUUCACGUACAACUGAAGAUUUAUUUACUGUGAUCCACAGGUCCAAAAGAAAGCUGCUUGGCUGGAAGGAACCUGGUGAGACCUUUGCUGGCAGCAGCAGACCGAGUUCCCACUCACCAGUAAGGAACCCACCUGAGUCUCCAGUCAGUGAGUUGGCUGCCUCUGCAGGGUCAAGCGGCAGUGCCAACCUAGAUGCUGGCAGAAAUGAUGAUUUCAAGGCCUUGCUACAGAAGAAGGGAAGCAAGGCAACUCCAAGGUCCCGCCCCUCAGCAGCCGAACUGCUGAAGACCACUAACCCACUGGCUCGGCGAAUUAUUGCACAAUUUUCAAAAGACUACAAAACCCCUGAUAACCCCAGUACCUAA